AUGCGGAAGUUGUCCGUCCCUGUUUUCCUUCCCCAGCGUCUGCAACAUGAAGGAAGGCACCAUGGCCUCCCCUGUGAGCCUGGGGUCGCUGCUGCUGCGGGCAGACCCGCUGGAGGAGCCCGCUCACGGGGAAGAAGCUCUGUGUGUGGUGGGCAUUUUUGGGAAGAGCAACAUGCAGUCCGGUCCGCUGAAGGAGUCUCUCAUCAACACCCUGGUUGACAAGCAACUCUUCCCUCUGUUCGCUGGAGUUGACGAGAGCUGCGGGUCGGACUGCAGCAUCCAGACCUACUACCACCACGAGAACCGCGUCCUGUACCUGCUUCUCUCCUCCGUCUGCGACAGCCAGCAGCUUCUGCGGGCCUGCGAGUCUCUGAGCGCCGGAGCCGGCCACUCGGACUCCCAGGACUUCUGGAAAGGUCUGGACCGCCAGCACUGUCUGCACCUGCUCUACAUGUUCUCGGUGUGCCACGUCCUCCUGCUGGUCCACCCCACUCACACCUUCGAUGUCAGCUACGACCGCCUCUUCAGGGCCCUGGACGCUCUCCGGCAGAAGGUGCUUCCUCUGAUCCGGGCUGCCAUCAAGGACUGUCCGGUGUCCAAGGAGUGGAAGAUGAACUGUCGCCCGUGUCCUCCCCGACUGCUCUUUGUUUUCCAGAUGAACGGGACUCUCAAGGUCUCAAACGGGUCUGAUUCUGGGUCCCAUUCUGACAAGCCCAAGAAGCACUCGCCCAGGAGGAGGCUGCAGCACGCCCUGGAGGACCAGAUCUACCGGAUCUUCCGAAAGAGCCGAGUGCUGACCAAUCAGAGCAGCAACUGUCUCUUCACUGUUCCCGCCAACCAGGCCUUUGUCUACGUGAUCCCCAUGGCAGACGAGGACCCGGUGGGGAACCUUCUGUGCCAGCUGCGAUCCAACUGCAUCUUGUCGGACCAGGACUCCGGCGCCGUCCUUUCGGGGCCGCGGCGCUAUCAGCUGAUGCGCCGCUCGACCCGUCCGCCCGGCGGCGGCGGUGUGGACUCUGGCAGUGUGAUGAUGGGGGGUCAGUUGGUGGACUGCAGCCUGAAGGAGUUCCUGUGGCAGCACGUUGACCUGGUCCUGACCAAGAAAGGCUUUGACGACAGCGUGGGGCGCAACCCUCAGCCGUCCCACUUCGAACUGCCCUCCUUCUCCAAGUGGGUGCAUGUGGCGUCAAGGAUCCACCAGGUUCUGAUUUGCCACACGGAGGAGGAGAUCGCCGAGCUGGCUCCCAAAGUGCAGAGUCAGCUGAAGGUGCUCGAGAGCUUUCUGGACGCUGACACCAAGUUCUCAGAAAACCGCUGCCAGAAAGCUCUUCCUCUGGCCCACAGCGCCUACCAGUCCAACCUCCCGCACAACUACACCACCACGGUGCACAAGAACCAGCUGGCGCAGGCGCUGCGCGUGUACAGCCAGCACGCGCGCGGCGUGGCCUUCCAGCGCUACGCCCUGCAGCUGCACGAGGACUGCUACAAGUUCUGGAGCAACGGCCACCAGCUGUGCGAGGAGCGCAGCCUGACCGACCAGCACUGCGUCCACAAGUUCCACCUGCUGCCGCAGCCAGGAGAGAAGCCUGACAUGGAUCGCAACCCGCCGGUCCUGAACCACAACAGCAGGGGGCGCUCGACCAGCUCCUGCAACUGCGGCUGGAAACAGGCUCCUCGGGAAGAUCCCUUCGACGUGCAGGCUGCGAAUUACGACUUUUACCAGGUCCUGGAGGAAAAAUGCUGUGCCAAGCUGGAGCGGAUCAACUUCCCCAUCUUCCAGCCCAGCACUCCGGACCCAGCUCCAGCCAGCAACCAGCGGCUCCCCAGCGAGACCUCGGCGUCCGGCGACGGCGAGAGGCUGAAGGAGUCCAGCACCGCCCAGAGCCACACGCCCGGCGACCCCAGUCUCAGUCUGGCUCUCAGUCUGGGCCAGUCCACCGACAGCCUCGGGACCUACGGAGAAGGUGACGGGACCGAGACUCAAGUCCAGCAGAAGAGGCCCAGCCUGGUGGAUCGGCAGCCGUCCACAGUGGAGUACCUGCCCGGGAUGAUGCACUCCGGCUGCCCAAAAGGCCUCCUCCCCAAGUUCUCCAGCUGGUCUCUGGUCAAGCUCGGCCCCGCCAAAUCCUACAGCUGCCACUCGGGUCUGGAACAGCCCGGCUUCCUGCCCGGCUCAUCCUUCCUCCUUCCCUGGGACCUGGUGAUUCGGUCGCGGUCUGAGGAGGACGCGGGUCUGGGCGACACUCUGGACGGCGGCACCUCCUCGUGGCCCGCUCCCAACAAGACCGUGAUGGGAAAGCGAGGGAGCACGGGUGGACUGGGCCGGAGCCGCAGGAGGGAUGACAUGGCCCGGGUCUUCGUGGGUUUCGAGUACGAGGACAGCAGAGGAAGGCGCUUCAUCAGCUCUGGACCUGAUAAAAUAUUGAAGGUUCUGGGUCCAGGGGGCGCUAAAGAUCCCGCCACCAGGGUGGUGAACACAGACAUGCCUCUGUACGUGCUGUCCCCGUCUCAGGGCCGCGGAAUGAAGCCGCACUUUGCCCAGCUGAGCCGCCUCUUCGUCGUCGUGCCCGACGCGCCGCUGGAGGUGACGCUCAACCCUCAGGUGCAGCCCGGGCCUCCUUCCUGUCCAGUCUUCCACCCGGAGCAGACAGAGAUAGUGCUGCCGACUGACGGCUUCUGGGUCCUCCGGUUCCCCUACUCCUACGCCACAGACCGCGGCCCGUGUUACCCGCCCAAAGAGAACCAGCCGCUCAGCAACUACAAAGUUCUGCGAGGGAUCCUGAAGGCGACAGCCGCUAACCCUGCACCGCAGUGACACCUGUCACACGGUCUGAGUCCAGCACCCUGACCAUGACCUUCAGAGGGCGGCCAUCUUGUUUUGUUGGACCUGUCGGGAUCAUCUGGAGUGUCUGGGGCUGACGGAGGUGAAGAUGAGCGGGAGGAGGGUGUUUGUUGCUCUCAACAGGUCGAGUGUGAACAAUGGGGUCAAGGUGAAGUCCGUUUCUCGUGCUGAUUCAGAACUAACUAUGACCAGAGCUGAUCCUCAUCUGAGAAAGUGGUGCCGACAAAUGUUUUCAAGUCAUCUAUAAAAUGAAACACCGUCAGUGUUUUAUGUAAACAAAGCAGCUGCUCGUGAACGUGUGUUUGGAGGCAAAGUCAAGGAGGACAGGUGGUUUGGACACGAGCAGACAUGAUGUUGGACCGAGACGGAUCGUGGUUCAUGAGGACGGAGGAGCCUGUGACAACCCCUGACAGGAAAUGCGCACCUCACCAAGGCCUUCCUCUGUACUCUCAACAUAUGAGUGUAAACACGCGAUUACAGACGUUUAACCUUCACGUUGGAAAAUGCCCUUCCACCUUACGGCCAGCAGGGCGAGCUCUUGCGCUACUAAAGCACCGUCAGCGCAAACGCACUGUUGCUUUGGUUAUGUUCGUUUGUUUUUUUCAUAAACAGAAUAACUAAAAAGUAAUCCAAUAAAAUAAUAUAAAG